AAAUAUUCAAUCUUCCUGAAGUAGCAGUCCAACUUUCACACACUGUUACUUGAUGCACUCAACAACUACGACAAAAUCUCCAUAUUCUCAAAUUACCUUUCAAACUUUUUCAACCUUCAAAAGCUACUCUCAGCACAGUUGAAUUCCUUCUUCUUUCUCAAAAUUCUCCUGCUACCAGUUUCAGCUUUAAUUAUUAUGAGAUAGAAUUCAACAUGACUCUGAAACUACCUCUUCUCCUCUUUGUGGGAAUCUUGAAUGUAUUUUCAAUACUCAGUGUUGAUGCAUCUGCAACAUGUGACAGAUCAUGCGGCAGCAACCUCGUCCCCUUCCCAUUUGGAUUCUCUAAUGGCUGCCAUAUUCGCCUGAAUUGCAGCUCAAAAGGUGAUGUUUUCAUAGGCGAAUUUCCAGUUCAAACCAUAGACACUGAUAAUAUAAAGCUCAUCAUCCAACCCACAUGCAUCCGUUCAAUCCAGACCCUUCACGAGCUCUUCUCCCACAACUACGCCCCAACAUCAAGAAACGCCAUACUUUUAAGCGACUGCAAUUCCACUGUCACUACAUGUAAAAUACCUUCACUGAUUGACGUGCAGACUCAGUUUCAGUCAUUUAAAUGCGUCUCAAAUGAUAGCAGCAAUAUCAGCUGCUAUUCGGAGGAAAAAGAUUAUGGGUUUCUUGAUUAUGAUAAUCUCACCAGGCCGCAGUGCAAGUAUCUUUUGUCGUCUAUAUCAUCAGCGCCGUCCGUUUCAGGAGUUUCAUUAGAUAUUCAGGUCGUCCAGCUGGGGUGGUGGCUAGAAGGAUCGUGCCACUGUUCUAAGGAUGCAAAUUGUACUCCAGUUUUAUCUCCUGGAGGAAGGCCCGGAUUUCGAUGCCACUGUAAACAAGGCUUCCGAGGAGAUGGUUACCUUGCGGGCAUAGGCUGCCAUAAAGACUGCAACACUUCAAAGUACAUCUCUGGCCAAUGUGGAGGAAAAAUUAGAACUGCUAUUUUGAUUGGAGGUAGCUUAGCCGGGGCUUCUUUGAUUAUCAGUUUGGGUCUAGUAUGCUGUUUUAUCCGAAGGCAAUCCAAUUCGAAUACCAGAAACAGAACGAAACGCUGCCUGUCUCAAGCUAAAGGCAUCAGCAUUCCCAUAUAUCCGUACAAAGAAAUUGAGAGGGCCACAAACGGUUUCUCAGAGAAGCAACGGCUGGGAACUGGGGCCUAUGGCACGGUUUAUCGAGGGAAGCUCCAUGAUAAUGAUUUGUGGGUUGCUAUAAAAAGGAUAAAACAAAGAGACACUGACGGCAUUGAGCAACUGGUGAAUGAGAUCAAGCUCCUAUCAUCUGUGAGCCAUCCGAAUCUAGUCCGCCUCUUGGGUUGCUCAAUAGAACAUGGUGAACAAAUCCUUGUCUACGAAUUCAUGCCCAAUGGAACAUUGUGCCAACAUUUACAAAGAGAAAGAGGUGAUGGACUUGCCUGGUCAAUUCGCCUUAACAUUGCCACAGAAACUGCACAAGCCAUAGCCCAUCUCCAUUCUGCCAUCAAUCCUCCAAUAUACCACAGAGACAUUAAGUCAAGCAACAUACUCUUGGAUUACAACUUUAAAUCCAAAGUUGCAGAUUUUGGUUUAUCCAGGCUUGGUAAGACCGAAACCUCCCAGUCCCACAUCUCAACUGCACCACAGGGCACUCCAGGGUACCUUGAUCCACAGUAUCAUCAGAAUUUCCAACUCUCAGACAAAAGUGAUGUAUAUAGCUUUGGAGUAGUUCUUGUUGAGAUCAUAACAGCUAUGAAAGUAGUGGACUUUUCCAGGCCUCAAAAUGAAGUUAAUUUGGCUGGUUUUGCUUCCGAUAGGAUUGGCAAGGGGCGUUUAGACGAGAUUAUAGAUCCAUUUCUGGAGCCUCACAGAGAUGCUUGGACCUUUUCUUCUGUUAAUAAGGUUGCUGAAUUAGCAUUCAGAUGCCUUGCUUUCCACAGGGACAUGAGACCUUCAAUGAUGGAGGUAGCAGCUGAACUGGAGCAAAUCAGGACAACUAGAUGGGCAUCUUCUGAAGAAAUCAAUUGCUCAACUUCAUUAGAGCCAUCUCCUUGCUCUUCUUUUUCCAAUAUAAGCCAAAGGCCUCUAAGUGAACAAAGCUCACCUUCAUCAAAUAGUUUGCUAAGUAAUGUUGUAAUUCAAUGAACUGAAUUUAUUGAGGUGGGCACUGGAUUCAUAUCCUCAUGUUCAUAGUUAAUUUUUUAUUUAGUAUUGUCAACGUAGUAUUGUAGUGGAACAGUUUUGUCCUUUCA